AUGCAACCUAGACAACAGAGUCUACUAGGAGAUUCCGGUAUAUUGGCUGGCCUCCAAGCAAACAUUGCAGCAGCCCAGAAUGCAGUCUGUGAGAUUGCUGUCGGUCUACGCCUACCAGCUCUCACUUCCUGGAAAUUUCCACACCGACUCGCCUUAUCCCUGCCCAUCGGCCAGCUGCUGACUGGCCUUCGCUACGAUCCGGCAAGUCUCAUUACUAUCUACCUCGAAGCAAAGAGCUCUAUACAGACUGUGUCAGCGGGAACUACAUUCCAGACAACCUCCCCGAUAGAAAUUUGUUCCUGUUUGGUCAAAAUCCUGCGGUCUUUCUCCAGUGCAAAUAAAAACACAGAUGAGACGGACUAUGAGAUCAAUAAGCAUCUGCUAAAUGACUUGCACACUGACAAAGACGAGAAAUCCAAGCCGCCUGAACUGAGUUUCGAAACAUGGAGGCAACCUGCAGACAUAGACACGCUAGACGCAGAAACGCAAACUGUGUCGGAGACCACGGAGCGACCCACGGAGGCUAGGGAUUUUAUCGAUUUUUUUCCGAUGGGCAGAGAAUACGCCCUUUGCGCAGCAGGCCUCGCCGAGAUGAGCAAACUGCCAUUUGCGAAACUUCGACGGGCGCUGGACUGCGAUGUUAAGCGACUGCUGCAGAGCCUGGCCAACGCCAACGACGAACAGGUGCGUGCCGAAAGUCGACUGCAAGCAAAUCUGCAGGAGUUGGAGAAGGCACAGUCCACGCUUGCAACUUUAGAGGAAACCUUCCGUAAGAGAGAGACUGCCCUCAAGAGACAGAUCAGCGAGCUUAAACGGCAAAUGGAAGAGACGGCAAAGCGUGUAUCUACUAAAGAGCAAGACUGUCUAGAUCUUACUCAAAAGCUCAGGAACACUGAGUAUCAGUGCAAGACAACUGAGGCCGAGCUGGACUCCGCCAAGCGCUCCCUGGGUAAGUACCCUGUGCUGCUGAUCCUCCCCCUGUUUUGCAGACCGCAUUGUCGCCUUCGUAUUUAA